UCGGCUUUGACAGAUAACCUUUAACCCAUCUUAAAUACGCACAAUAUAGAGGUACAACCUUUAAAAACAGGGCAAAAUGUCUCUCGGAAGACAUACAAUUAGUUGAUAUGGGUCGGUGUUUAUGUCAGUCAACAAGUGCCUUCAACUAUCUAGCUGCUGCUCUGCUCGCUAACGUUAGCUCAUAAGCUAAGACGCUAAUAGCUGUCUGCCAUUAACCAGGAUAAAUAUCGAGUUAUUCCGGAUAAUUAAAGUGACAAAGAAGAGCGGGGAUGGUGCAGCCCCAGCCUGAUGGCCCCAUGCAGUGGGACAUGUCAGGAGAGGAAAGCGGUGGGGCCCUCAGGGUCCCACCAGAGCUGGCCGCCAAUGAAGUGGUGACCAGGCUACUGGGUGACAACCAGCAGCUCAGAGAGGCCUUGCGGCGCAGCAACUUCGCUUUGCGCCAACGCUGCGAGGAGAUGGAGGGCUGGCAGAAGAGGUCGAGGGAGGAGAGGGAGUUUCUCAGCUGUCGUUUCCAGGAGGCCAGGGCCCUCGUGGAGAGGCUGGCUCAGGAGAACCACUCUUUACAGGGCCUGGUGAACGGACCGGCCGCCUCCACCUCCUCCUCUAGCCACUUCUGCAGUUCCAACCAGACCGAAGACCUGCAGAGCCGCCAGGCCAGGAACGGACCUGUAGAAGCUUCACAGACUCUGGAUCACCAGGAUAAGAAGAGAGUGGAGGAGUCAGAUCAACACACGCAGACCACUCCCCCUCGCAGCCUGCCUGUGGAAGGCCCUAACGACUUCCUGCAGCUGCUGAAGACCCACAAAGAAAAACUGGAGGAAGGGAUGAGGGACCUGAGAAGGAAGAACGAAGAGCUGGAGAGGGAGAGGGACGACGGAGAGAAAGAGAGAGAGCGAAUGCGACGCUGCAUUGACCAGCUGCUGGCCAAACUGGCUCAGGCACAGGGGAGCACUGUUACUGAGGAGGUUGUUCCACAUCGCUCUGAGGCACAGCACUCCUCUGACUGGUAUCGGGAGCUGGAGGAAAAGCUUGACUACUUGCAGAAGAGUUCGGCUCAGCGGGACAGAACUGAAGCCAUGCUCAAACAGAAGGACAAAGACUGUGAAGCUCUGAAAGCUCAGGCCACAUCUCUGUUAGGAGAACUCAACGAGAGACAGAGCUGUCUGGACAAAAGCGAGCACGAACGCAAGAUACUGGAGGAAAAGCUGUCCAGUAAGGUGAAGGCUCUGCAGGUGGCAGAACGGGAACUGGAACAGCAGAAGAAGCAGCAUAACGUAGCCAUGGACAAGCUGCUGCUGCAGACACAGAGCCUGGAACAAGCCCUGAAGACUGAGAGACAUGUGGUCACAGAGGAGAAGAAAAAACUGACACAGCUGCAGCACGCCUACACGUGUCUCUUUAGAGACUACGACUCUAAGCUGAAGAAUGAGGGAGGAGAUCUGUGCAGCAGGCUAGAGGAGGCAGAGAGAGCGCUGGCCCUGAAGCAGGAUCUGAUUGAUAAACUAAAGGAGGAAGUAGAGCAGCAGAAAGGCUCUCUGGAGACUGUUCCUGUCCUCACUGCACAGGCUGAGAUCUACAAGGCAGAUUUCCUGGCAGAGCGAGAAGCGAGAGAAAAGCUGAACCAGAAGAAGGAGGAGGUGCAGGAACAGCUGAAUCAGGCUCGGGCUGAGAUUGAAAGGCUCAAACAGGAAGCCACAUCACGUGCACGUAUGGAGCAAAUGAAGCUGAGACACGGGGACGACAUUGCAACACGGCCCCCCUACAUUAACCCUCAACCAGUGGUGUUCCCCCCUUUCACGGCGCCUCCUCCCUCUUUGUUCCGCAAUCAGCCUGAUCAAGUUCCAGCUGGUGCUGAAGAGCUGCCAGAUUUAUGUUGUCCUAAGUGCAAGUACCAGGCUCCAGAUAUGGACACGCUGCAGAUACAUGUCAUGGACUGUAUACAGUAACACCAGCAUAGUUAAGGACAUCAUCACAUCACAACAAACAUACAUACAUACAUACAUACAGAGACAGACAGACAGACCAGAGGGUAAAAUACAUUUGUUAGUUGCACCUUACUCUCUCUGCCAUGCAAACAAACUGACACAAUCAUACACACUGUGGAUCUUAUUUGAAUGGAAUCAAGACAAGUGGCAAUCAGAUGAAAGUAUGAACCAGUGAAAGAAAAGAAUGACCAAUUUUAAUCAGCAUGGUAUUUCUCUAGAACUGCUCCAUGGAUUCAGUUUCUGCUGUAGCUUUUCCAUCCUUUUUCCUCCUAGCACCUGUUUUUCUUUUUAUUUCCCCUCUCCCUCUUCCUUGCCUCUGAGAUGGCACAUUGAUGCACGCCCAUCAUAAUUUGUACACCCCAUGAUAUCUUUCCUCAGUCUCAUUUCUCGUCCCUCUUGACUUCGCAGGCGUAGCAGCAGCUGAGGGAGGUAACUAGUGUACACACUGUGGGGUAAGUGUGUAUACUUUGACUGUAGUACCCUUUGGGCUAAAGGUGACGAAAUGUCAUUUAAAAAAAGUGACAAUUCAGAGGGGUCCCUUUACCACAAAGGAGGUGACACAUGAGUGUGAAUAAACUUGUGAGCUUUAAAUAACAAAAUAUGUUCAAAUAUGUUUUGGUCAUAAAUGUUGCUAGUCUACAUUACCUCAAAACAUGUAUUCUUAUGUAUUAGAGAUGGAUUUACUCUUAUUGAAAAAAAGUAGCCAUUCUCUGUGUUCUGUGCCUGUGUACACCUUUGACCUGACCCUUAACCCAAAACACUUUGUGCUGCCCCUUACGCUGUCUUAUCUUUACCUGUAGCACCUAGCUAUUUAUCUAUCUGAAUGUAAGCACAUUGAGGUUCAGUCACAGUUUGUGUGAAAUCGUCUGUUAUUAUAGAUCAUUUAGUGCAAAGAAUAUUGUUUCACACUGUCUGAAAUUUACGAAAUAAAUCAGUUAUUCAACAACU